AUGCUCCCCGCCAAGGAGAAGGCCAAGGUGCCCAAGGACAGCAUGACCCUCCUGCCCUGCUUCUACUUCGUGGAGCUGCCCAUCGUGGCCUCCUCCAUCAUCACGCUCUACUUCCUGGAGCUCACGGACCUCUUCAAGCCGGCCAAGGUUGGCUUCCAGUGCUACGACCGGGCGCUCUCCAUGCCCUACGUGGAGAGCAGCGAGGAGCUCAUCCCGCUGCUCAUGCUGCUGAGCUUGGCCUUCGCUGCACCCGCCGCCUCGAUCAUGGUCGGCGAGGGCAUCGUCUACUGCCUGCAGUCACGGCUGCGCGGCCGCGGCGGCACCGAGGGCAGCAUCAACGCCGGCGGCUGCAACUUCAACUCCUUCCUGCGCCGCACCGUGAGGUUUGUGGGUGUCCACGUGUUCGGGCUCUGCGCCACGGCCCUGGUGACUGAUGUGAUCCAGCUGGCCACCGGCUACCACGCGCCCUUCUUCCUCACCGUCUGCAAGCCCAACUACACGCUGCUGGGCACCCCGUGCGACGCCAACCCCUACGUCACCCAGGACAUCUGCGCGGGGCCGGACAAGCAGGCCAUCCUCUCCGCCAG